UUUUUCUAAUCCUUCCAAAUCAAUGUUAGGUACUUCCAUAUCCUCCUCAUCAAUUUAAAUAUUAUGAAAUCGGAUACCUGACAAUUGUCACAAGUUGAGCCACAUGCCCAAAUCCUUUACGGCUUUUAGGGUAAAUCCUGACGCGUGGACACUGCCACUCCCUCUUCAGUCGAUCUCUUCACCUUUCUCUAUCUCUGUUCAACAACAGAAACCCCCUUCAUUCCAAUUUUAACUACUUGUUAUUUCUUUCCAGUUUCCAGGACAGUUGAAGUUGAUUAUAAAAAGCUACCAUCCAUUGUUAUAAAUCCUGUAGAUGAUGAGCCAUGGAUGGUGUAGGGUCUCCACCGGAACUUUCUUUAGCUUCAGGAUCAUAUUUUACUCCACUUUUGAUAGCUAUGGCGGGUAUAGCAGCCACAGCUCUAGCAAUAGUUGUAUACCAUUUUUUCAUUGUUAGAUAUUGCUUGGGAUGGCGAUUGAGGUCCUCCCCUGAUUCAGCUGUCUCGAACCCACUUCCCGAUCAGCAAUUCCCUUUCGGGGUCGAAGAGAAAGUCCUCAUUUCGAUUCCAAUUCUCUCUUACUCAUCAACAAAGGACGACGGCAACGUUAUCACGUUUCGUGUCGAUCAAACCGAGUGUGUUAUUUGCCUCGGAGAAUUGCAGGAUGGAGACAUGGUUCGUUUGUUGCCUAAUUGCAGACACUCGUUUCAUGUUUCGUGCAUUGAUAACUGGUUCCAGCGACACUCCAGCUGCCCCCUUUGCCGGUCACUAAUGGUUGAACCCUGCAGUAACGACGUAGCUUUGUCUUUGAGUGAUGAGAGAAACGAAGUCGUUUCUCAAAAUUUAUCCGAUGAAGGGGGUGAUGAAAGUCCUUCAAGUUCAGGAAUUGAUGAAUCAUCAAGUGUUUUGCCUAGACAUAGCGUGUCAACUGUGUUGCCCGUGGAAGGGAAACGGCAGCGUCUAGUUGCGGGAGGUUUGAAGAGGUCGUUAUCUAUGGAUCAAUGUUAUGUUCUUCUUAACAUACAAAGAGAGAAUAGGAAAGAAGAAGAAUUAUCAUCAUCGUCAUCUUCUUCUUCAUUAAGAAAUGUUAUAAUGGAAAGUAGAUCGUUUAAGGCACGAUCUAUGAAGCAAUUAGAUCGAAUGUCUUCAAGAUUUGUGAGGUCUCUCUCACAACUAAGGAUAGGCAGGAGUAGUUGUGAAAGUAUUCUUCCUUAAUAAGAUUGUUGUUAUCAAUUGAUAAUUUAUUAAUUCAUUUUAAAGAAUCUCAAUAAGCUGAUGAUUACUUAGAUGUCUUUUUAAUUUUAGUUUUGGAGAAAUAUUU